AUGGUGGUACCAGACGAGGUUGACAUUAUCGUUGCUGGUGGAGGAUCAUGUGGAUGCGUAGUCGCGGGACGAUUGGCCAACUUGGACCACAACCUCCAAGUCCUCUUGAUUGAGGGCGGGGAGAACAACUUGAACAACCCAUGGGUCUUCCGUCCGGGCAUCUACCCGCGGAACAUGAAGUUGGACAGCAAGACUGCCACCUUCUACUACUCCCGCCCUUCCGAAUGGCUUGAUGGACGACGAGCUGUUGUGCCUUGCGCACACAUUCUUGGAGGCGGGUCUUCGAUCAACUUCAUGAUGUACACUCGCGCUUCAGCCUCCGACUACGAUGACUUCCAGGCCAAGGGUUGGACGACUCAGGAGCUCAUUCCUCUGAUGAAGAAGCAUGAGACCUACCAAAGGUCCUGCAACAAUCGCGACAUUCACGGUUUCGAAGGACCCAUCAAGGUUUCAUUUGGCAACUACACCUAUCCCAUCAAGGAAGACUUCCUGCGUGCUACCGAGUCUCAAGGCAUCCCGACCACCGACGAUCUCCAGGAUCUUGUCACCGGCCAUGGUGCUGAGCACUGGCUGAAGUGGAUCAACAGGGACACUGGUCGACGAUCUGAUUCAGCGCACGGUUACGUUCAUAGCACGCGCGCGGUUCACCAAAACCUGCACUUGUUGACCAGCAAUAAGGUCGAGAAGGUCAUCCUUGAAGGUGACCGAGCCGUCGGCGUCAAGGUCGUUCCGACCAAGCCUCUCGCUGGCAGGGACACACACAGGAUCAUCAAAGCGCGCAAGCAGAUCAUCGUCUCUGGUGGUACUUUGAGCUCACCGCUCAUUCUCCAGCGAUCUGGUAUCGGUGACCCUGAGAAGCUCCGCAAGGUUGGUGUCAAGCCCCUCGUUGACCUUCCUGGUGUCGGCCUCAACUUCCAGGACCACUACCUUACCUUCUCCACCUACCGCGCUAAGCCCCACGUCGAAUCCUUCGACGACUUCGCCCGCGGCGACCCCAAGGUCCAGGAGGCUGUCUUCAACCAGUGGAACAUCAAUGGUACUGGGCCCCUCGCUACCAAUGGCAUCGAAGCUGGCGUCAAGAUCCGACCUACGGAAGAGGAACUCGCCGCCAUGGACAGAUGGCCUACGCCAGAGUUCCGCACCGGCUGGGAUAGCUACUUCAAGAACAAGCCCGACAAGCCCGUCAUGCAUUACUCCGUCAUCGCGGGUUGGUUCGGCGACCACAUGGUGAUGCCAGCAGGCAAAUUCUUCACCAUGUUCCACUUCCUCGAGUACCCCUUCUCGCGUGGGUCCACACACAUCGUGUCACCAAACCCGUACGAAGCACCGGACUUUGACGCAGGCUUCAUGAACGACAAGCGCGACAUGGCACCCAUGGUCUGGGGCUACAUCAAGUCCCGUGAGACGGCACGCCGCAUGGAGGCCUAUGCUGGCGAGGUGCAAGCUAUGCAUCCCUUCUACGCUUUCGACAGCCCCGCCCGUGCGAACGACAUGGAUCUCGCUACUACGAAUGCGUAUGCUCUGCCCGGCAAUCUUACCGCGGGUAUUCAGCACGGCAGUUGGACGAGUCCCGUCAAGAAGGGCAAGGCGCCUGCGCCCAACUUCCUGAACUCAAAUUGCCAGGAGGUAUUCGAGGACCUCGAGUAUACGAAGCAGGAUAUCCAGCAUGUUGAAGAUUGGGUCAAGCGCCACGUCGAAACCACCUGGCACAGCCUAGGCACGUGCUCCAUGGCCCCACGCGAGGGCAACAGCAUCGUCAAGCACGGCGUGCUCGACGAGCGCCUCAACGUGCACGGCGUCAAGGGCCUCAAGGUCGCCGAUCUGUCCAUCUGCCCCGACAACGUGGGCUGCAACACGUACUCGACUGCCCUCCUCAUUGGCGAGAAGUGCGCCGUCUUGACCGGCGAGGACCUCGGCUACUCGGGUGCUGCGCUCGAUAUGAAGGUGCCGAAUUAUAACGCGCCGCGCGAGGUUGUUGGAUUGGCGAGAUUGUAA